UGACGGGGAUAGAAAGACCGAGAGAAACCUUAGGUUUCUUUGAAAAAUAAAUACAAUUUACCUAAUAUUUGUAAGCGAUAUAGGUCCAUAAGGGUAAACAAGAUGGUCGUGGUGACAGCGGGACAUAAAGUCAUCUUGAUUUCUGGGAAACAGAAUGGCUCUCCCAGCGCAACGCAGUGCUACAGACGGUCAAUUUCGGUCGUUUUGCCUUCAUCUGCUUCGAACCAAGCGAAUUCGUCGGAUUCCGACUCAAAUUCGACAACUGGGCCACCCCUGCGAAAAAGACAGAGACUCACUCAUUUGAGUCCUGAAGAAAAGCAGCUUCGCAGGAAACUCAAGAACAGAGUUGCAGCCCAGACAGCCAGAGACAGAAAAAAAGCUAAAAUGGGGGACCUGGAAGACCAAGUUCUAGCGUUGGAGUUGGAGAACAAGAAACUUCAUGUUGCGAACAGGCUGUUACAGCAAAAAACAUGUGGCUUGGUGAACGAGAAUGAGGAACUGAGACAGAGGCUGGGGUUGGACACCCUGGAAGCCAAAGAGGUUCAGGUGUUGGAGUCCAGUGGGAUUGAUGCAGGUUUGGGGAUCGGGUCUUCUGAGUCUGCAGUACUCAGGCUACGUGUGCCUCCGCAGCAGGUGCAGGCCCAGCAAUGCCCAAACCUGAAGAUUUCCCAAUGGAUACAGACAGUCCUGACUCUACAGACUCUGAGUCUGAUCUCUUGCUGGGCAUUCUGGACAUCCUUGACCCAGAGCUGUUCCUCAAGGAGUGUAGUGAGCAGGAGAUCCAGGCGCAGGAGGUGCUGCUGGCUGGAGGGGGGGCAGGAGUACCUUCCCCCUCAACUGCAGCUAUGGGGGCCACACCAAUUAAGCUGGAGGCCCUUAAUGAACUGAUCCACUUUGACCACAUCUACACCAAGCCUGUGGAGGGUGUGGCGCUUCCCCCUGGGCAGCAGGAAGUGCAUUACGAGGAGAGUGUAACAAAGAUGGAGGAGGUCUUCUCUUUGGCUGAGGAGGUCUGCGAGGUGGUGUGUGUCAAAGACGAGCCGGAGGAAGUGGUCAUCAUCCCUGAGAGUCACGGGGUGUUGGAUGACUUCCUGUCCGCGGUCCUGCCGACCUCUGACCUGGCCCUGGGCGGCCUGGAGAAGACUGGUGCCUACCUGACAGAGACCUACAGCGACUCCGGAUACGAGCGGUCCCCUUCCCCCUUCAGCGACAUGUCCUCCCCCCUCUGCUCUGAGGGAUCCUGGGAUGAUGUGUUCGCCAAUGAACUGUUUCCUCAGCUGAUCAGUGUCUGAGAGCCCUAUUGGCCCAAUUAAUCAAUGAUCCAACCUAUAGAUCUCCCUUCUAUUUUCAUGUAGUUAAGUGACUACAGUAGAUCAUGCUUUAUAUUGAUGUAUAGAUGGCAAAGUCAUAGCCUUUUCCCAGAUCUGUUUGUGCUGUUGAGCCAAUGGCUAUAUUUGUUUUGGCUUAACAGUACAAACUAAUCUGUGACCAGGCUAAUACUAGAUAACCUCGUGUUUUAAAACCAAAGUUAAGCACAUAAUCUCCUCUAUUACAGCAGGUCUGUACGAUGGGUGAUCCUGCAUUGAUUUGUGGGAGAUGUAGUUCUUGACAUCUUAAUUUGGCAUAACUACUUGAUUGCUAGUGGUUUUGUAAGAUUGCUUAAUAAUCUAUCCACACAUUGUUGGGGUUAUAAAUGCAUCCAGUAUUUGUGUACAUUGUAUUUAGCUGGGGGAUGGGGACUGAUCGUUCCAAAGACACUUAUUUAUUUGUGUAUUCUGCUCCGGCGUCUUCUGUAUGUUAUCGGUUUUAGCAUGUAGGAAUGCUUUCCUUUCCUCUGUAUAAUUUUGUUAGACACUCUCCUUGUUGCACUAAAUUACUGCAUUAAAAAACUUUGCAUUGCA